UAAAUUACUUUCCCAGCUAUAAAUUAAAUUGUUCUAACUAUAGAGUAUUGAAAAUAAAUCCCCAAUACAAUGUUUGCAAUUGAUUUGAAAAUUUGCAUUAACGAAUUUCAUGCAUAAAGCGUUUUAUUUGAAAUAUAUAUGGAGUUUUCUUGUUGAUAAAGCCAUUUCCUGAUUUAUCUCAAUUCUUAUUGGAUACUGGACAGACACUGACGACGACUUGCGGACGCUCACGGUUGACGUCUGAUCAUAAACAAAGCUUGUUUAGUGACAGUGGUUGUAUAACUGUCGUUACAGGAAUCAGGUUUAGAAAAUGGCUUGGAGAUUUAAGGCAUCCAAGUUCAAAAAUGCUGCUCCUAUCGUGCCAAAGCCUGAGGCCUGUGUUAGAGACAUAUCAGUUGGCUCUUACCAGACGUAUGGAAACAAUAUCACAGCAUCCGCUGCUUUCAUGGCUUUCAAUGUUGAUCAUAAUGGAUCAAGUUUAGCAGUGCUGCCAAUUGAUGAUUGUGGACGGAAGAGCAAGACUAUGCCGCUACUCUACGCCCAUACUGACACCAUUACAGAUAUGGACUUCUCACCUUUUCAUGACGGCAUGCUUGCAACAGGAUCUCAAGACUGUUUGGUGAAAGUGUGGCACAUUCCAGAGAAGGGAUUGGAGGAGAAUCUGACCAACCCUGAGUGUACAUUCUCCCACAAACAGCGUCGGGUGGAGACGGUGUGCUUCCACCCCACUGCCAAUUGUCUGCUUAGCACCACCUCCUACACCACCCUCACCCUCUGGGACAUCACUGCCGAGAAGGAGUUGUACAGUAACAGUGAUCACACGGACGUGGUUCAGGCUGUCAGCUGGAAGCGGGACGGACGAUUGGUGGCCACAUCUUGCAAAGACAAACAGUUGCGAGUGAUUGACCCUCGUAGCUCCAAACAGCAAGUGUCACAUUCCACCAACAGCCACCAGAGCAUUAAGGACUCACGGGUGGUCUGGCUCGGGGAUACAAACAGAAUACUGACAACUGGCUUCGACUCAGCACGCCAAAGAGAAGUCUGCAUAAGAGAUUUGAGGAAAUUCAGCGAUCCUGAAAAGACAUUAGUUUUAGACAGUUCAACUGGGAUCCUGAUUCCUCUAUAUGACCCAGACACUUGUAUGCUGUUUUUGGCUGGAAAAGGAGAUACAACGAUUUCUUAUCUGGAAGUCAUUGACAGAGACCCGUACUUAGUAGAGGGCAUCAGACAUUCCGGAGAGCAGACCAAGGGAGCGUGCCUGGUGCCCAAGCGAGCACUCAAUGUGAUGCAAGCUGAGGUCAACCGGGUGUUGCAGCUGACCUCGUCCUCGGUCAUCCCCAUUAUGUACCAGGUUCCGAGGAAGUCGUAUCGAGACUUUCACAGUGAUCUAUUCCCUGAGACAGCAGCGGCGGAGUCUCAAGUGUCUCCGGCAAGUUGGCUCCAGGGAGUCGACACUCAGUUGGCCAGGAUAUCCCUGGACCCCAUGGAGAAACAGCUCAUUCAGGUACACAAAGGACCGUUGUCUGCUGUGCGUCAGCAGCUGCAAGAGAAAAGCCAAAAGAGCCAACCAAUCAAAGCCGUGGAAUCACCUCCGAAAUCGUAUCGAAACAACAUUGCAGCAGCUAGAAACAUGUUUGAGAAAGACAACAAUGAAACAAACGAACAGAAGAACAAACAAGUUGAGAUCAUCAAGAAAGUGGAGGAACCACAGAUCGAGAAUGAGGACUCUGAGAAAAUUAUCCAGAAUGGAAACAAGGGCGAAAAUAUAACACCUCCUAAACCUCUACCGAGAAGGACCAAUUCCUUGUCGGAAAGUGAGGAGCCUCAAGCACCUGUCCAGAAACCGGUGGCAAGACCGAGAACUAAUUCUGUGAUCACGACAACAGCUCCCCUGACAACCCCUCCAGUAGCAGCUCCCGUGACGACAUCACCUGCUACCACCAACUCCCCCUCAAUAAAUGUGCCUACAGCGUACAAGCCAAGGCUGGGUCCGAAGCCGUUUACACCACCCAAACUGAGCUUGGACAACACAAGCAGUGCUAGCGAGUUGGACAGAGUGUUCUCAGUUCCUGCGGCCCCGUCCAGCCCUGCUGUCAACGGUGCUAGCCACAGCCCCGCAGUGUCCGAGCCUAGCCCAGGCCCUGCCUCACUACCUCAGCAGGAGGAGCUAGCCAAUGGGGAGGAAGAGGUGAUGGAUGGUGGAGGGGGAGGGGAUGUAACUCCUAGCACUGCCGAGAGAGUGCGGCUCUGGUCAGAGGUGGAGCGGCGAGGUGACAGUAAGCCUGGCGCAGGAGAGGGAGACUUAGCAGGAGUGGGGGAGGAUGAGCCAGAGAACCUAGAGAGAGGAGGAACACGGGGCAGUAUAGCUGAGCGACGGAGGUUGUAUGAGAACAGAUCCAUGUCAGUCCAGGAACCUGUCAGUCCUUCUCCCACACCACUGCGCAGACGAGAUUCACUCAAGCAAUCCAAGUCCGGCCCAAUAAAGGAAGAAGAUGGAAAUACCAAUAAGAGAAACUCAUCGAUACAGCCCAGUAAGCCUGACUCUGUUCCAACCACACCAGCUCCUAAACGUACUUCUACUGUUUUUGGUCGAGUCUCAAAGUUUCGUCAUCUCAAAGGCACGCCAGCACACAAGUCUGCACAUAUUGAGAAUAUCCGGAACCUUUCCCGGCAGAUAUCUGGAGAGUGUGACGGAUUCCAUGCCAACAGUGAGAGGGUGGCUGUUCCCCUGAGUGGACCGGGUGGUAAGAUUGCAGUUUUUGAGCUGGCUAAGACAGGCAAACUUCCAGAUGGUGUGAUACCAGCACUAGUACAUGGUACCAACAUCAUGGAUUUCACCUGGGACCCUUUCAACAACAGACGGCUUGCUGUCGCAUGCGAUGACGGAACAAUCAGGCUAUGGCUUAUCCCCGAGGGGGGACUCACAGAACCCACCAACAGCCCAGACACAGUGCUGGAGGGUCAUUCAGAGAAAAUCUACUUCAUCAAGUUCCAUCCCUUAGCACAGGACGUGUUGGCUUCUGGGUCGUAUGACAUGACUGUGCGUGUCUGGGACCUAACUCGUGGCUACGAUCCUAUCACAUUGCAAGGACACACCGACCAGGUAGACCAGGCUGUAAACCCUAUUAUGUGGAUAAGAUUAAAAAAAAUUGAAUUAAAGAACAAUGGCUUUGGUGAUGAUGAUAUUGAUAAUGGUUCAAGAGACCUCCAAAAUACUGAUAAAGUACCAUUAGUGCCUCUGGAAAUACCACCUGGAGAUCACAAGCUGCAGUACACGUAUUGGCUGUGGUUUAGCAAGCGGUCUCCCGGUAAGCAGUAUACACAGAGCUACGAUCAGAACCUCAAAUUGGUGGGCAGGUUCGGCUCAGUGGAGCAAUUCUGGUCUAUAUACAGCCACCUCGUGCGGCCCUCAGAACUCCAGAGCCAUUGUGAUUUCCAUCUCUUCAAAACUGGCAUCAAACCGAUGUGGGAGGAUGAAGCUAAUAAACUGGGAGGGAAAUGGAUUGUGCGGCUAAGGAAAGGCCUGGCUUCACGUUGCUGGGAGAAUCUAAUCCUGGCAAUGUUGGGUGAACAGUUUAUGGUGGGCGAGGAAAUCUGUGGCGCUGUUGUGUCGAUUCGGUUCCAGGAGGACUCUAUUUCCGUAUGGAACAAGACAGCCUCCGAUCAAGGAACGACGACAAGGAUCCGAGAUACCCUGCGCCGCGUACUGAACAUGCCACCCAACACCAUACUGGAGUACAAGAGUCACAACGACAGUCUCAAGGCCUGGAACCGAGUGCCCCCACCUCCUGCUGCCACAUCUGCCCCCCGGAUUUGACAGACUUUAAAUCGAUAAACUGUUAUUGUGGUUGUCUUCAUUCUAAUUGUAUAAAGUUAUAUAACGUUUUAUAUGUAAAGCGGUUACUGCUGUAUCGUUUCCUGUUGAGAUAUAUUUAUUUAUAAACAAUAACAUUUUAUGCAA